AGUUUUAUUUCGAUAGAGUGAUGGAAGCUAGUGAGUUAGAAUGCUGUUUGACAGUGGAAAACUUCAAUUCCAACGGUGUGGUCACGAAACGGCGAAUCUUCAAGAGUAGUUGUCUUGGAUCGAGAAGAAUUUCGCACAUCGUCAGUAGUCAAUCUCCGUUGGGAAAAACUUUUCUCCUGAAGAAAAUAACCAUUCACAAACGGUUUUUACAGGAAGGGAUGGCUACCAUCAAACUUCUGGCACAGAUGAUUCAAAUAGUGUUUUCGAAUUGUCCACCGAAUCAGCUCGUGACGUUUUUAAAAUGUCUGUCAUUGAAACUUGCUCAAAGUAAACAAAAUGGAAUUGCAAGUAACAGAAGACGGCUUCUCAGUGAUAAAGCGCGGUCGUUUGAAAACAUAAGCCCUCCUACAGACAAGGAUUUCACAGUGGGCUGCAAGAAAAGACCCCUGGAAGAUAAGAACGGUGUGGCACCGAAGCGAAUUAAAACUACAGGUACAGAAAGCGAUUCGAAUUGAGGAAACGACGAACACAGCGGACCAGCAAGAAGACGUCUCAGCUCUUUGAGUUCUUGGCAAAUUAAUCUAAUACCUGAACAAUGGCAGUGAUAAACGCCAUAAGAGCUGGAAAGAGUGUGUUUUUUACUGUUAGUACCGGAAGUGGCAAGUCAUAUCUCUUGAAAUGUAGAAACGUAGAAACAUAUAAUCCAAUAAUAAUCCGAUACUUUAGCUAAAACAAAGCCUUGGUCUCACAUGUCAUUUGUUAUUUUGUUAUUGUUUUCUUUUAUCAGAGAACUGAGAACAUAAUUAAGAAUGGAGUUCUACAGGAAUUAUUCAAAUAAAAAUGGCUCAGGAUUUGGGUGUUUUCCAAGAAGUGCCAGGAAGAACAGGCUUAACAAGUCCACUCAAAUUCCACAUAUGGAGCAUCCAGAAGCUUAGAAAAGGUGACUGAAUUUUGAUAUUUGUAAUAUCCAUAAUCCAGGUUUUAUUGGUACUUGUUUAAUAUUUUUUUGAUUACUUUGUAUCAACUGGCAGUUGAUUUGUUUAGCACUGCUUUUAUAACUGCUUUGUGGCAAAAACAACAAAAAAAACAUUUAGACUGAAACUUUGUUCAAUUAUAUGCUUUGAUGUGUCACCCUUCUUUGCUGGUACAGUAGAUGGAAUAACAUUUUAAGGAAUCUGAAGUUUGGUUAUUGUUGUGUGCCCUCUAUCAUCUCACCCCCGAUCACAAAGAGUUUGUCCUAGCAAAUAUAGCAAGUUUACUUCUGCCUAUACUGGCUCACCCCAAGUUUUUAAACUUGUUUCUUCUCAAGUUUUGUCAUUUAAAAUGCUUGAAAAUCAAUCAGCUAUGUAGUUUAACAUAUGCACCCUUGUUUCAUAGAUGUCAGUCUUUCAAUAUGACUUUAAGCCUGCUUGAACAGUGAAGUGUGUUAGUUAGGAAGUGGUGGGGGCAAACUGGUAAAGGUGGGGGAAACUAAAUUUGAUGGGGUAAAUUUGUAAUGGGGCAAAGCCUCCAUACACCCCUUUUAAUGUUCCAGGGGGUAUUAGUUCUUGUUUUCUAUAUGCUAUGUUGCCUUGGUAUUUUCUGUUUCAUCACUGGUUCAUGUCUACACUCCAGGAUCAAAAAAAUUAGGGCAGUGUGGAACAUUCCAAGCCUUGCAUAACUUGAAGCAAUUUCCAAGUUGAUUUUUCAAUGAGUGCCUGAACCUACAACUAAAUGCCAAAUAAAUACAAGAAUUUGUUCCACUAAACACGAGUUUAGUGGAACAAGUCCUUGCUCAUACACAGCAAGGUUCCCAUUAAAUGAAUGAGUGAAUCACUCAAACAAUCAAUAGAAAAACCUGAAAGACCACACACUCAUAUAUGAUGCCAUCUUCUCUAGCUGAAUCCAGUCAUGCAUGCACUUGCUGAAAGUAGCCUGUGACGUGGGCUUCUCUCUUAACUCCUCAAGGACAAACAAUUCAAACUUGCAAAUUAAGUCUCAGUGGGGUGGGAAUUAAAAUGAUCACAGAAAAUUUAUGGCUUAACAAAACCUUGUUAUAAUGUUCAUGCAAAGCUUUACACAUAAUACAGGAUAUUUGACAAUACAUUUAGUAUUUGACAGAUACAUCAACAACAGACAAAAAGAAAAAUUAUAGCCUGAUCAAGGAAGCAAAUCUACCUUGACUGAUUUCCUUAGGUUUUUCAAUAAAAGGUUGCCUUAAUUGGUGUAGCUUAGCUUAAGUCUGUGGGAUAUUGGCAAAAUUCCCCGUCACUGAAGCAAGACAUUUCAGUUUUUUAUGCUUGGCCUCAAAUCUCCUACAUGGUGUAAGCACCAUUGGUCAAAGUCCAAAAGAAAGAAUUUAAGAAAGUGGCAGGCAAAUCAAAUUAUCAGUGAUUUCUUAGAACCAACACUUAAGUUUAUAGGAUGUUGCUGAGCUAAUAUACAGUUUGUAUCAGGGAUGUGAACUAUUCUGGUCAAGACCUACAUACCUUAACAUUGUCCAGGGGUAAUGAAUCAUGUAGUGCAUUCUAGGGAUUAGAGAUGGCUUUUAGUACAUCUGUACAAAUCUAGUGUGGUGGUCUUCAAAAAGGUCUUUGAUGAAUGCAGCUUUGUUGGCCGUUUAUAAUGGCUGGUGAAAAUACUGCAUCCAUAAUUUCUAAGAACAAGAUGUACAGUUGCCACUUUCAUCCUCAUGGCACAUGGCACAUGAGCACCAAUCAACAAGGGAAGAAAUCUUCCAAGGCACCACAUUUGAGACGCUUAAUAUAAAACAAAAAGCAUAUGAGAACAACUAAAUUGUUGGCAAAAUUGUUUUUUUAACACUAGUUGAAAUUUGAUUUUGCAUUACUCCACUUAUAUUUUCUAAUGGUGCCACACUACAGUUAAAAUCAAAGUAGUUUGCAAAUAUUUUCAACUUCAACACAAAUAAUCACCUUUCUGUUUAAGUGCGUUUGCUAUGGAUUCAAGAGUUUGAGCUGCAAUAGGUGAUUGAUUAUAAAAAGAUUCAGAAUAUCUAAAGUCGAAGUGCUGUCCAGAUCCAUAGAUUGAGCUGCUCUAAUGUGAAGUAACUUUGCUCUUUAAUUGAAUACUUAAGAUAUUCCCUGGUUUCAAAUAGGAGAACUCCUAUUCUUUGCAUCACCAGGAAGACCUCCAAUCAAAUGACAAUAACAAGACUGGUUUAAAAUAGAACAAUGAUUUAUACCAUAUACAGCAGUUAAGUUAGCAUCUGAAUACUCAAUGGAUGUGCAGUUGUUAUCAUAACCUGUACACUUUCUCAGCUGAAGGUCACCUUCAAUAAACUACAAUUUAGAUGAUUAAAUAUUGAAAAAUUUUCCUUUAAUAAAAAGAAUUGGAAUCCACACAGAAAAAAUCAGUUUAGCAAUUUAAUCAGCGCAAAACUCGCUAUAUUUUGAGCCAGUUUAUUUGAUGCCAGAGGCAAAAUGUGGGUGGGAGACCUUUAAGUUGAGUUAUGAUCAUGGCAAAUUAUUAUUAUAAUAAUGAAAUUCAUACCACUGAUUCAGCUAAUCAGCUUUAUUUACAUUAAUGACAAGAAUUACCAAUAGUGAGGGUUAAAGAUCUUUUUAGAGUAGAAAUUAAUCAUGCUGUUGUAAGGUAGUUAAAUUUUUUUAAUGAAUCUAAUUUGAUUAAUUACAUAGCAGUUAAAAUCAGAGUGUGUACUGCAAUCCUUAAUCACACGAGGCACCCCACCGAGGCAAAAAGAGUGUUCAUUACCAAACCUAUACUGAGAAAGUAUCCCUGCUUGGGGGAGAAGAAAAUCUUGGAAACAUCAGGGACCUGGAUAGUUUUUUUUUAAGACAUCUUAUUCUCCCAUUGCUUUAGAGACAACUUGCAACAACUGAUAUGUAAAGAUACAUGGUGUGAUUUGCAGGUUAUAUACUCUCUCCAUAUGAAAAUACUUUUUAGUUGGAUGGAUUCCAUUUUCAAUGUUCUGGACUUUCCAAAAAAAGUAUUUUUCUUAUGAUGAAAGUACGCACAAAAACACACAAAUUGCUCUACAGUGCCAAAAAAUCAUUUGAUAAUCCCAUUCUUCAGUUCUGUUGUUGUUAAACAACAACAGAAUUGAAGAAUCUUACAAUAUCAGAAUUCACUUUUUGAAUAAUGCUACCAGUCCCCUUUGGUAUAAAACUUAUGACAAUGACUUUGUAUGGUUAACAUUGAUGUAUUUCCUCUUCAUUUUACAAAUGUUCCACAAAUGUACAAACAUUUUUCACCGAUGGGUAUGUUUUUUUGGUAGUUUCAAACUGUUUUCAAUGCUUGUUCUUACUCCCAGUCUCAGGGCUCUGUUGAAAUAAAAAUAAUGAAUCGGAUGAAGAAACUUCAGUGAUUCAAGCACCCCUUAGUCACCACUGAAGGAGAGGAGAGGGCUACAAGCUUAUAGCCCUUUCACAGCUGUUUUAUGCAUAUUUAUUUUUUUAGCUUGCCAAAAAAGGUUACUGUUGGAGAAUGCAUAAUUUUUACAACUGUUGCAAUAUGUACGUGAUUACAUGCGCCAUCAAUGUCUAACUAGACUGAGAUCGAGUUACAUCUGUAUUGUCUUACAACGCUGUAUGCUACUGAAUGGUUGAUAAAAACGGAUCUUGAAACAACAACAAAUCAUGUUUCCUAUGUAUAUAACUAUUAAUCGCCAUUUAAGGAAUUUUUAUGUAGUUAUUUCAGCUGCUAAGUGUUUUAUAAUGAGUGUAAAUCAAAUAGAAAAUUGGAACCAUCUGAUAGGAUGAAUAAAAAUUGAUUUUAGCCCCAAUAAAACUGUUAUAGAGCUAAAGUUAGGUGUCAUUCAAACUUCGUUUGGAUUGCUUGCGUCACAUUACGUGCUUUCCUUUUGCCUUUACACGGGCUAAAUCAGUCACCCUUUAAAGGUAUUGUUUGCUUUAAAUGUACAGAUGCGAAAUAGCUCAAGUGGGGCCAUUUUUUAUCAUACCAAAAACCAUUUUAGUUCUGUUCAGAGGGCUGUUUUACAUACAGUAAUUAAGGCAUUAAACAGCUCCUGUCAAGAGCGUCGUUUCAGACCCAAAGAUGCCGAUUAAGUCAUUAAAUUUUAUUUUUUUUGACCUUACAUAGGCCAAAAGAGGCCACGAAAUCGGGGCAAAUUUUUACUCCCUCUUAGGUAUGAAUUGACUCCAGAAGGGCUGAUUUGGCCAUCCAAUCGUACCAUUUUAACCCCUUUACAAACCAAAACUACCCCUCAUUUUCCCAAAACAGCCCCGUAAUGAAGUCGUUUCGGCUGCCCCAUACAAGGUCAUUUCUGCCCCAUUUUGCUGAGGCCAAAAAAACUAUUUCCAGAGGGGCCAAAUCAGCCCCCAAAAUAGGACUAUAUUUUACUCUCCGAAAUGGCCCUAUUUUUGGGAAACUCCUUACAUGGAAAAUCUUCUUUCUACGCUCUUUUAUUUCCCACUCAUUGAUGUGUUUUCUUUUUUCUCAUGACAGCUGUAAGCUCUUAAAGAUCGAGGGGCGAAAAAAAGGAAAAUAUGUUGUAGUGGGCAGAAUAAACGAAAGCUAUGGUUAGCUUGUAAGUGGCUUGAUUUUAAACCUGCUCUAGUGUGUGCUAAAUUAAAAAGAUUGCUACACCUUCUUUUUAAGCAAAACCACAGCUUUUCAUUAUGUGUAUUGCUGAUUCUUGGUUGAGAUUUCCUCCGUUCCUAAAAUUCAGUGAGACAAUCUGUGGCUCACAAGGCUCAUUAGAACUUAGAUCUGCAUCUUGAUGAAAGAAAUUUCUUUAUCAAACCAAGCUGAAGCGUCAUCCUAAUGUCCUCUUUAUACGGUGUGUUCGUGCAUUACAGGCUAAUAUGCAAC